AUGAUGACCAACAUCAACAGUGGCAGUAACGUCAUCAGAUUACUGAUACUUGUACUGCUUGCAACUACAACCUACACUGUCAAUGCCCAACAGACUGGUGUACCCGUCUAUGUGAUGCUUCCUUUGGGCACUAUAUCCAAUGAGAACCAACUUGUCAAUGCAUCCACACUAUUUGAUCAACUAUCAUAUCUACAACAAAACUCAAAUGUCACUGGAGUGAUGACUGAUGUAUGGUGGGGACUGGUUGAGCAACAAGCACAACAAUAUGAUUGGUCUGGAUAUCAACAACUCUUUGCUCUGGUCGAGAAGGCCAAGCUAAAGAUCAAGAUCACAAUGUCAUUCCAUCAAUGUGGUGGAAAUGUUGGUGAUGAGUGCAACGUACCCUUGCCGCCAUGGGUAUUAUCAGUUGGCCAAUCAAAUCCCGACAUAUUCUACACUGAUCAAAACAUGAAUAGGGACCAAGAGUACUUGUCUUGUGGCAUUGAUCAGGAGCCAUUGUUUGGUGGACGUACACCAGUGGAUAUAUAUGCGGACUUUAUGGCUAGCUUCCUGCAGACAUUCGACCCUAUAAUACCUGGCACGCUGACAGAGAUCCAGGUGGGACUGGGCCCAGCAGGCGAGAUGCGAUACCCAUCAUACCAACUGGCCUACUGGACAUUCCCGGGCGUCGGAGAGUUCCAAUGCUACGACAAGUACUUGUUGGCGCAAUUGGCCGCAGCUGCCAAUCAAUCUGGCAACCCACUUUGGGGUCUGGCCGGACCCGACAAUGCAGGCAACUACAACAGCUUCCCCGAUGAGACUGCCUUCUUCUCGGCGAAUGGAUAUCAAAACUAUCAAUCUACAUAUGGACAGUUCUUCUUGAAUUGGUAUGCCAGCACUUUGAUCGAGCAUGGUGAUCGCAUACUUGCCCGUGCCUCCACCGUCUUUGCAUCAUCCGGUGUCGUGCUCACCGCCAAAGUUUCUGGAGUGCACUGGUGGUAUGGUGAUCCAUCCCAUGCUGCAGAGUUGACUGCAGGUUACAAGAAUGAUCUUGGACAAGCAUACCUAAUGAUAUCCAACAUGUUUGCCAAACAUGGUGUAUCAUUCGACUUUACAUGCUUGGAGAUGCGUGAUAGUGAACAACCUUCCGACUGUCUUUGUAGACCUGAGGAGUUGGUUGGACAGACCAAGCAACAGGCUCAACAAGCACAUAUCAGAUACUCUGGAGAGAAUGCACUACAGAGGUACGAUCAGGAUGCAUACUCUGAGAUUGAGUAUGAGUCAACAAGAUAUUUCUUGAUCUCUGGAUUCUCUUAUCUCAGACUGGACGAGUAUCUUGUGAGUAGUCAAGCCUUCCCAACCUUCCAGUCCUUUGUCCAAACGAUGUCCACAUUGACUGCCUCCUCUUAG